CGGCCGCAGCUCGGAAGGGCGAUGCAGUGAGGCGGGCUCGGCUGGCGGGCGUGCGCGGAGCGGGGGCCGCGGGCGCGCUGCAGAGAUGUGACUUGGGCCCAGGGCCAGCAGGAGCGUCGGCGCUGCGGGGACGCGAGGGUCGAAAGUUCCUGGUGUCCGAGAGAAAGAUGAGAACCCAUCAAGUGUUUCCCUUGCCCCUGCUUCUGGUGAUUGCCUCCGUGGCUUCAGAGAACGCCAGCACAUCCCGGGGCUGUGGGCUGGACCUUCUUCCUCAGUACGUGUCCCUGUGCGACCUGGACGCCAUCUGGGGCAUUGUGGUGGAGGCAGUGGCCGGGGCGGGGGCCCUGAUCACACUGCUUCUGAUGCUCAUUCUCCUGGUGAGACUGCCCUUCAUAAAGGACAAGGAAAGGAAGCGGCCUGUGGGCCUCCAUUUCCUCUUCCUGCUGGGGACCCUGGGCCUCUUUGGCCUGACAUUUGCCUUCAUCAUCCGGAUGGACGAGACAAUCUGCUCCAUCCGACGCUUCCUCUGGGGCGUCCUCUUCGCACUCUGCUUUUCCUGCCUGCUGAGCCAGGCGUGGCGGGUACGGAGGCUGGUGCGCCAGGGCACAAGCCCGGCCAGCUGGCAGCUGGUGAGCCUGGCACUGUGCCUGAUGCUGGUGCAGGUCAUCAUUGCCACUGAGUGGCUGGUGCUGACUGUGCUGCGUGACACGAAGCCAGCCUGCGCCUACGAGCCCAUGGAUUUUGUGAUGGCGCUCAUCUACGACAUGGUGCUGCUGGUCAUCACCCUGGCCCAGUCCCUCUUCACGCUGUGUGGCAAGUUCAAACGGUGGAAGGUGAACGGGGCCUUCAUUCUCAUCACUACCUUCCUCUCUGUGCUCAUCUGGGUGGUCUGGAUGACCAUGUACCUCUUCGGCAACUCGUUAAUUAAGCGGGGAGAAGCCUGGAGCGACCCCACCUUGGCCAUUACUCUGGCAGCCAGCGGAUGGGUCUUUGUCAUCUUCCAUGCCAUUCCGGAGAUCCACUACACCCUUCUCCCACCCCUGCAGGAGAACCCACCCAACUACUUUGACACUUCACAGCCCAGGAUGCGGGAGACGGCCUUUGAGGAGGAAAUGCACCUGCCUCGGGCCUACAUGGAGAACAAAGCCUUCUCAAUGGACGAACAUAACGCAGCUCUUCGAUCAGCAGUGGGCUUUUCCAAUGGAAGCUUGGAGCAGCGAUCCAGCAGCCUGGGAAAGAAGCCCGGCAGCUUGGGAAGCCGGCCCAGUGCACCGUUCAGAAGCAAUGUGUAUCAGCCGACCGAGAUGGCCGUUGUGCUCAAUGGAGGCACUAUCCCAACUGCUCCGCCAUCUCACACGGGAAGACACCAUUGGUGAAAGACCUUAAGUUCCAGAGAAUAAGAAUAUUUCUUACCGAUUUUAUUCCCUGGCUGUGUCUUUCUUGAGGGCGAAAUCAAUAACCAUGGCAGAGACAGGCCACCUGGAAGCCAGGAAAUCUGAGGAUUCCCACCAGGGGUGUUGGUGUAAAUGUGACAUGGAUGAACUGGAAAGCUAGCAGUGACUGCCCUCCCCUCCCCUGCCACACACGCAAACACGGAAUCGUCCAGCAAACUAAAUCAGAGCUAACUGCCAAUAGUCGUAGACUCACUCAGAAGCGUGGCUGGGAAACUGAGUCAUCCUGAGGUGCGGCAGGACAGGAAAGAAGUCACAGCUAGUGUGCCAGACUAUGUUGGCUUAUUAUAUGAGGGGUUGGAGUCAGCCUGUCAGUCACCCCCACCCUCCUCGCCAAAUGCUGGUCCCCAGGGAGAUCUUUUGGAGAUAACUGUGCCCUUGAGGUUAACUCAUGGAUCAUUCUCCCUGGCUUUUGCUUACCUGGUGGCCCAUGCAGUUCAGGAGACUUUAAGAGAUUGUGGCCCAACCGGAUGGUCAGGGAGCUGUGUAGCCAGUAGGAGUGGAGGAACCAUAGAACGUGCCAAAGAAGAGAAGGUACUCUGGACCUUGAAGUGACCAUCACAUGUAGACAGAGGUGACCAACCAUUGUUCCAUCUAUGGGCCUCUUGCUCUACCAAGCACCCCACCUACCCCAACCUCCCCUACAGAGUGAUAGAAGUAUCCCUCCUCCCUCCUCUUGCAGGUGCUCCUCCAUGCCUUCCCCCCAACCCUAGCCACCUCCGCGCCCCCCCCCCCCCCGAGUUCAUUCCCAUCUUCAUUUCAGAAGCUCAAAUAGGGCUGCCAGCUUGAAGCUUCAGGGGAGGCAGGCUGAAAGGCAGGCACCAUAGCAGCCUUUUUCUAAUGAUGUCCUAUGGCUGGGCUCCCCAGGGGUGACCUCUAGGAUGGAAAGGUGACAUCCUGUUUCCCAGCUGCCAGUGACUUCUGGGGUAUUUUCCCUUCGUGUGGGUAGAAGUCCUGGAUACAGUGAGCUCCAUGGAGGUCUCUGGCUGCUUUUGGAGGGUAUGGAGAACGUUUUGCUUCUGGUUUUCCCAUGGCUCUAUGGGGGUGGCCCCCUUCACAGCUGUCAUUUGUCAUGGCUUCCAUCUGUCCUGAGCAAGUCAUUCCUUUGUCAUUAGGCAUCUCCAGCAUCCCUGCCAUUAAAAGACCUGUGUUCUCUGCACUGUUUGGCCAGCAUAAUCUCUAGCAACCUUUCCAUGCUGAGUUUGAACCUGCCGACAUGGACUGUAUAAACAAGGGUUGUGGCCUCUGCAUACACUCUAAUCGCUACAUUGCUUUUUCUAUAAAAACUACCCAUAAGCCUUUAACCUUUAAUGAAAGCAAAUUUUUAAAAGGUUAGUGUUUGGGGGUGGGGGUGGGGACUGACCUCUUCUUAAGCCAGUACAUCUGAGCUGAGUGUUUUAAUAAAUCUGAUUUUUCACAAGGCCCCAGUCUCUGCUGUGUCCCCCUCCCUGCCCUAGCCCAUCCUUGUAGAGUCUUAGGGAGGUGUGGCCAAUCUGGCCAGCGCUUGACUCUCCUGCAAGUUUUCCUUACAGCUAGUGCAUCACCAUGCAUGGGAACCAGAAAGCAUGGCACCUAAAGGCCACCCCUACCCAACCUCCUGAGAUGCCUCACCCUUAACCAGAGCAAGUACUUGCUUCCAGAGAAUUUGAAUCAGUCCUUUGUGCUUAAGGACCAUCAAGUGGUAGGCUAAGAGCUUAGAGGCCUGAGGAGGUGUGGGAAGGAAAGAAAGCUAGGGCUCUGUGGGGCUAGGGCUGGGGCUAGGGCUGGGGCUGGGGCUGGGGCUGUUGCAUGCAUUACCCUGCCUUCUGCAAAGAAAUCUCCGAGCACCUCGGGCCAGUCCGGUGACAAACAUCAGCGCUCCGCAUUCUUGUGCCAGGAAGUGGCUGUCCACCCCCGCUCUCUGGAGUCCUUUGGAGCUUUCUGAUGUCACCAGUAACUCGGUCUGCAAAAUGCCCCCUUGCAGAAGGGAGAAGCUGACAUGAAUGAUGGUUUUCUCUCUAAGUUCUUUGUUGUCCACGUAUAAGGUGAGCACCGCACCGUGCAAACGCCUGUGCAGAAAGCAGCAUUUCUGCACCGUAAAAACAGAACCACGCCAAGCCACAGGAAACCUCCUCGCUUACUGAGGCCUUUCAGUUUUGCUUUUUUUUCUUUCCAAUCCUGAUAGGUUAUUAUGCUUCUGGGCUUUGUUUUAUUUGGCUUUAAGAUUUCAGGGUGGGCUAAAUGUUUUGAUAUGGAGAGCAGAAGUGGGAGCAAAAGAAGUAGGGCCAUAUCUACUACUCUUCUGAGUUCGAGUUCACCUGAAGAGGACCACGAGGCAACUUCACCCAGAGAUACUGGCAGCCAGCUUCUGACAGAGCAAGGCUGAAAUACAGAACCCCACGGCACCUGUUUAAGAGUUGAUAGACCCAAGACUUGGUUGGGGAAAAUGGUCUAGAAAGUCAUCUGUGAAUAACCCCAAGCUGCAAGCACAACUUGGCAUGCCCGGGUAGUAAUACCAUACUGGGACUAUAGCAGCUACUCUGUUCCCUCCUAAGUUAAGACUCCACAGAGGUCUGGAGUCAGUUGCCAAGGUGGCAGGCCAAUGACAGAGGGGAGGGGCUCCAAUGUGUCAGCUGUUUCCAAGUUAAGAUCUGGUUGUUGUCUGCCCCACCCUGCACAGAUGAGGUCAAGGCCAGCGAACAAGUGUAGACGGGUGGAAGAGGGGUUGUCUUUCGAGUUUGCCAAAUGGCAAAGAAUAAGGGGACACUGGCAUUUACACAUCCAAGGAUGGAUGCAGUGACAGUGUGAGCUGAUGAAAGCCCUUGGUAGGUGCUUCAUUCAUAAAGAGCUAUGGCUCGUUUUUGAUAGAUAAUAUAUAUUUAUUAAGUGUAUUAAUGUGUAUUUUAUAAUGUACCCUCACUCUUCCCCUUAUCCUGGCUGACUUGCAUACUUAUAAACAAAAAUUGUUUGAGAAAUGUCAAGACAAUCAGCGUGCACAGGGCUGUAUAUAAAAUAUCACAGACUUUAAAGGUUGUUAAGCAUGGGCAGAUAGGUUUUAUUUUCAAAAUGCUGUUCUUAACAAGAAAAUAAAGGCUUUACUAUUUACCUAA